CACAUCCACUUCUUUACCUCACAACUCAAUUUUCAGCUCCCAUUUAGCUCAAAACAAUGAAGAGAGAGGGUCGCCAACACGGAAUGGUCCGGACAUAUCGGGUUCUACCUACCGUAUUGAACCCGAGGCCCGAGACCCGACACGUCAACAAGUUCGACUCACUCCCCACGGCUGGGUUGUUCACCAAAGUGCCCAACAAGCCCAACAACCACUCCAAAUACACGAGCAAGUGCUCCAAGCCUAGGUGCACCGAGUGUCACAUCCACCCGGCUAGUAAGUCCAAGGACAAGACCAAAGGGAACCAAAAGCUCAAGUCAAGCGACGUUUUGGCGAAUCACAGGUUGGUCACAUGGCGUGUUGUGGACGGACGAUCCGGAUUUAAUUUUUCUGGAUCGUCCGCCACGGGAAUUUUGGAUAAUUUGUCUAGUGAUUACCAUGGUGAUAGUGACGAUGAGGAUGAUGAAAUCGAUGAUAAUGAAUCGAAGGUGGAUUUCGAUGAUGUUGAUGAAAAGGGAAGUAACGGUGAAGAGUCAGAAGAGGUGAUGGGUUUCUAUAAUGUGGAUAAUAUGUUUGAUUAUCAAAUUGAGGAAGAUGGAGGUUGGUGCCUAGUGCCUUUAACUUGAUGUGGAUCAAGUUAGUCAACGCAUCCUUUUUCUCUUUGCUUGAACAAGGUGUUCUUGUUGCUUCGGCCUAAUUUGGAUAUAGAGAAGCUUUGAACAUUAUAAGAAGGGGAAGCUAGAAAGCUCUGUUUAUGGAACCAUUUGCUUUCUGUUUUGUUUAGCUGCUAAUACAGGGCUGUGGAUAAUACUCUUACUAUAAGGGAAAAGAGGAUUAAUGCGGUCUUGUAAUAUAUGAUUUUCAUGAAUAAUACAGAAAUUCCCAGGUAAUAAAAAGCUGGCCUGGAGAAUUUUCCUUCAA